AGGCCUCGGAUGCGGAAGUGUUUGUUCUGAAGUCUGUUUACAAACGCACCGUCACUGGCACCCCGCCGCCUGUGUAAUUUGUCAUGGUUGAAAUUCUGCAAUAAUGUCGGAGAUGUUACUGAAAGAGAUGGAAGAAGUGUCUCUUAGUCAGUCGAAGGAGGAGGAGGAGGAGAGCGGACGGAGUUUCCUGCUGAUCGAUGAGAACGAGAGCCUGCAGGUCGAAAAUGAAAGGCACUUCCUCAGGAAACUCGGCUGCAACGCGGCAAAAGGAGUUAAGGUGCUCUCGAUCUUCGGCAACACCGGCGACGGCAAAUCGCACACGCUUAACCACAUGCUGUUCGACGGCGAAGAUGUGUUCGCCACGUCCCCCUCUCCGGCUUCAUGCACCAUCGGCGUCUGGGCCGCGUAUGAGCCUCAUCUCAACCUGAUCGUGCUGGAUACGGAAGGCCUCCUCGGCGCAUCCGCCAAUCAGAACCAGAGAAUGCGUCUGCUGUUAAAAGUGCUGGCCGUGUCCGACGUAGUCGUGUACCGCACACGGGCCGAGCGUCUGCACAACGACAUGUUCCAUUUCUUAGGAAGUGCUUCAGCUGCAUAUAUGAAGUACUUCACUCCUCAGCUGCGUGCCCUGUCCAACCGGUGUGGCCUUGAUGUACCGCUCUCGAAUCUCGGGCCGUCGGUGGUGGUGUUCCAGGAGACCUCGCGCACUCAGCUGUUGGGUGACGACACCACAGUGCCGGCAGACAUCGUUCUUCAGAAGCGCUUCCAUGACCUGGACCUGAGCACCGAAGCCUUCAGCGCCGUGCAGUACGUAGGAACGCAGACCGUCAUACCUCCGACAGACUUCUCCCAGUUAAGGGAGACAGUCACUAAGCAGGUGAAGAGCACAGCGUCGCGCGCCCCUCGCCAACCUGACAUCGUCUUCAGCGCCCUGCAGGCUUUAAGUGAUCGGUUCUCUGGUGAAAUCCCAGAUGACAAAAUCAUUAUGUACUCCUUCUUCCCUGACGAGUAUUUCACCUGCCCUUCUGUCUGCCUCAGCUGCAACAUUCGUUGCAAGAAUGGCAUGAAUCACCAGAAGGACAGAAUGCCGCAUAUGGCAGAUAAGUUGUGCCAGUACGCUCAUCAGUACAACAACAAGGUUCUCAUAUGCAAGAAAUGCUAUGAGGGGGGAAGGGAAGUGAUAGUCAUCCCCAAAACCUCAGCUUCUACUGAUAACCCGUGGUUUGGUCUGGCGAAGUAUGCCUGGUCCGGGUAUGUGUUGGAGUGUCCCUACUGUGGGAUCAUCUACCGAAGCAGGCAGUACUGGACGGGGAACCAAGACCCAGAGAGCACCGUGGUGCGCAGUGAAGUCAAGCACGUCUGGCAGGGGUCGGAAGCUUUCCAGACGGACCAUCAGAACGCAGCUCAGCGAAUGCUAGACGGGGUUAAUUACGUUGUUCAGUCUGUAUCCGAGUACAGCUCCGGUCCCACCAAAGCGGUGACGGCCUGGAUCACGGAUCAAGUGGCUCCGCCGUACUGGAGACCUAACGCUGAAAUUACAAAAUGCCACGGCUGUAACCGGGAUUUCGAGGAGGCGGAGACGAAGCACCACUGCCGUGCUUGCGGCGAGGGUUUUUGUCAGGCGUGCUCCACCCGCAGCAUGCCUGUGCCCGAGAGAGGCUGGGGCAUGAACCCGGUGCGAGUUUGUGACGCCUGUCACCAGCAAGGAGAAGAUCGGCAAACCAUCCAGGUGGCGCAGAUGGAACCCAAGGCACUUGUGGCACGCAGGAUGACUGAGAUGGCACAGACUACACUAAACAUGGUCUCCACGGCAGUGGACUACCCGCUCUGUUUCAUAAAGGGAGUGGCGAGACCUGACUACUGGGUUCCAGACCACGAGAUCACUCAGUGCCACCAGUGUACCAAGGCAUUUAGCUCAAGCGUGCCCAAGCACCACUGCCGCGCAUGUGGUCAGGGGGUGUGUGGUGAUUGCUCAGCUCAGUGCCGCACUGUGCCCGCUCGUGGCUGGGACCAUCCGGUGAGGGUGUGCGAUGCCUGCGUCACUCAGUUAGACUCCCAGUGACCUCCAGAAAUAAUGCAAAACUCAAAGCCAGUGGCUUGAAAGCAAACAGGGGCGACAGUUUGUGCUCUCAGAAUUCCGGCAUUUUUCAGGAUAGUAUUUUUACAGUUUCUCAUUCAGUCCAAAGAUGUACAUGGAUGCCACUGUGAGAGGCUGAACUAAUCAGCAGCAUUUAAACGACUGUGGUAAACUAUACAGGACGGGACAGAUUUAUUUCCUGAACUUUUCAAUACUUCCUCUGGUGUAUCGUCCUGCAGCGUGGGCUCUGAUGUUUAUUUCUCUCUACACACUACAAUGUUUAAGGAAAGUUUUAGCUGAAUUUAUUGGAGAAAAGUUACCACUGUGAACAUGUAAUAAUGUUUAUUACAUUGUGGGUGUAGCGCUUUAUAGAAAAGUGUCAUAUAGAGACUCAAAUAUCAGGUACUAACCUUUUUAUUAAGAUAAUUAAUCUGCUAGUUUUUACACAACGCAACAAUUAUUAAGCAAAAAUAAAUGAAUCGCACAGAGUACAAACAUAACAGCCUUUUUUAUGCAUUUCUACGUGGCUGCUCUUACUCUUACUGUCAGAGAACAUCGCUACAAGUUCUUACACAAAACUAAACAAAGGACUCAAAAUCGCCAAGUUGGUGAUUCGUAAUAUGGAUCCGGUGGGAUGGGUAGGUGCAGUGGUGGUGUAAACGUUUGCAUUAUUAGAAGCCCCGCCCCCAAGGGACCCUUGCUUAAAAUAAAAUUUUAGGUGGACAAAAGUACACAAAAAGUAAAGAUUCCCUUUAACUCAAGUAAAAGUUUUCCAUUUACUUUAUGUUCCUGAGUAAAAAUACAAAACUACUUACCUUCAUAUAACGUAUUGAAAGUUUUUUAGCAUUGCUUUAGCUUGCAAUAGUCUUUUUCAUAAUAAAAAACUGUUACUUUGCUAGUAGCAUCUCUAAGGAAAGUCGCGCAAUUACACAUAAUACUCAGUAGGUGGUGAAAUUCCUGCUUGAAAUACGAUAUACCACUUCAGUCAGGUAACGCAACACCCCACAGAAAUGUAGUUGAGUAAAAGUACUGAUAGUUGCUGUACAUUUAAAUAGAGUAAAAGUUAUAAAAGUAUCCUAUAAUGUAGACACAUUGUUAUACUUUAUUCCACAUCGCUGUUGGUAAGUCUACUCAAAAUAAUUAUAAAAUAAUUUUUUUUACUUAAAUCCUUAAGCUAGAUUAGGUAAUAGGAUUUAAUCAUUUCAGCAAAGUUUAUAUAGUGUUUUUUAAUUUCUUUUCUUGCUGUUGUGGAUUACACUUUACUAAAUAUUACUAUUCCGACGUUUUAUCUGAUCUAGAGUGGAGAAAGUCAGAGGCCUUUGUGUGUUCAAAUCGGCGUGCUUAAUUACUACAGAAAAAAAGGUCUCAUUUUAUUAUCUGUGUUUAAAUGUGUGCGAUACAACAGCGCUGUCACUAGACUCACAUUCAGCACAGUACUGAAUUAUGAUUAUGCAAUGAUUACUAUAAGUACAAUUAACUGGAGCUGCCUUGGCUUGUUUUCUUUUCUUUAUGUAAAAUAUCUGAGGAUUAUGAGAUCUGAGGUCUGUUCCAUCAGUCACCUGUGUAGAUUAUUGUCUCUACGUUGCUGCGUCUCAGUAAACAAAAAAAUCAGCUUCUGACUUCAUACUGCUUAAUGGAUAUUCAGUCAGCUUCAGAAUUAUUGGCACCAUUGGGAAGGAUUAGUUAUGGAAAAUGCCUUUGGUGGGUUAAUUAGCUUGAUGUCACCCUGGAUGUACCUGUAUUAAAGCAAUAACCCACGAGCAAGAGUGUUGAAUAUGGGUUCAAUAAUUGUGAAAUGUGCUUUUAUGUACUAAAAAAGUAAAUAAGGAUUUAAUUGUCUUUAAAUAAAAAAAAUUUAUUAAAGGUUGCAUUUCUUUCACAUUCCCAUGUUAGAAUAGGAGGAAUCAUCACAAACAGUUUUUUCUCCUACACGUACAUAAUUUUAUCCCUCUUUAACAAAGGUGCCAAUAAUUUUUCAGCAGAUAUUAUUAAUUAGUAGGCAGCUGCCGACAUGGAAACCAGUUUAAAUGGACCUAAAGCUCAGUAGAGAGAGAGAGAGAGAGAGAGAGUGUGUGUGUGUGUGUGUGUGUGUGUGUGUGUGGAGAGAGAGAGAGAGAGAGAACUAUGUAAAUAGAGAUUCAAGCUCAGGAGCCAAUCACAAUGGAGGAAGGUGUUGCGACGGGAACAUACCACGGAACAUAGACUGGUUUUUAAUAAGGCUGUGUGUGUGUGUUUUUUGUGUUUGUGUGUGCAUGCGUGCGUGCUUGCGUGCGUCAAGAAAUAAAAUUUUCUUUAGAUUUGCUGAUCAUUUUGGAAAAGCAGGAGCAUUCUCAUUCUGAGAUGCCACGGCGUUAUAUUGCCCUGUGUAAGUGUAUGGGGAAUUUAGUUUAGAUGUUCAAAUUGAAUCGUCUAUAAUGUCUUGAUUACAGGAUCAGCAGCUUGACAGGCAAUCUGCGUUAACCUUUUAAUGCAGAGAAUUAAUUAAUUGUAUCAUCUAGAGUCUCAAUCUCUAUAUUGCACUUUAGCUCGUUAUUUAAUCUUUUAUGUUUAGUAGAAUAUACACAUAUAUAUCAUAACCGUAAAUGUGUUGCACACAGUAUACAGCAAUCCUAUAAGAAAUAUAAUAAAAUAAAGUUAUUCAUAUAGGCAUUAAGUGUGGGACCAAUCAUUCUCCCUGUUAACUAGUUUAUUAAGUGUCUGUAUAUAGUCUGUUUUUUUUUUUGUUUUUUUUUUAGAUUCUCAUAGACUUGCACAAAAAACUGCACCAAAGUGACCGUAUUGUUUAAACGAAACAGUGCAAGUUCAGGAGAAGACUGAUUUCAUAACCUUUGUUCGACCUCGCCUUGUAAGAUGCAUACAGUUUGAAAGGAUCUUCAGCAUAUGAAUUAUUUGUAGCACUUUACUUGUUGAAGUACUUUAAAUGGAAAUAUAACUAAUAUUUUAACUUUUUUUUUUUUUUUUUUUUACUGGAACAAAUCCUCCUGAGGUUUAUUAAGUGACUUUAACCAAAGUAUUUACAU